UCCCAAGAUGGCGGCGGGUGCGUGAGCGGGGCGGUCGGGGAGGCCCGGCGGGAGCGCGGCCGCCGCCGCCGCCAUGAAGGGCAAGGAGCGCUCGCCCGCCAAGGCCAAGCGCUCCCGGGGCGGCGAGGACUCGGCAUCCUCCUCCUCCUCCUCGCGCGGCAGCAAGAAGCCGAGCGGCUCGUCCGGCGGAGGCGGCGGCUCCAACGGCGGGAAAGCGGCGGCGGCGUCCGGCGAGAGCAACAGCGGGAGCGGCCGGCGCGGCGCCCACACGGACAAGGGCGGCCGCGCCGGCAGCCGCGAGUACGAGACCGGUUCGGCGGCGGCCGCGGGCGGCGGGGGCCGGCACGGCUACAGCGGUAAAACCGCGGAGGCGUCGCGGAGCAGCAGCAGCCGCGGCGGCGAAUCGCGGGCGGCCGCCGCCGCCGCCUCCUCCUCCUCCUCCUCGUCGGAGCCGGGCGGCGGCGAGUACAAGACGCUGAAGAUCAGCGAGCUGGGCUCGGCGCUGAGCGACGAGGCGGUGGAGGACGGGCUUUUCCACGAGUUCAAGCGCUUCGGCGACGUGAGCGUGAAGAUCAGCCGCCUCCCGCCCGGCGCCGGCGCCGCCGACGAGCGCGUGGCCUUCGUCAACUUCCGCCGGCCCGAGGACGCGCGCGCCGCCAAGCACGCCCGCGGCCGCCUCGUGCUCUACGACCGCCCGCUCAAGAUCGAGGCCGUCUAUGUCGGCGGAGGCAGCGGCCGCCGGCGCAGCAGCCGCUCCCCAGCGCUGCUGGACAAGGAGUCUCCCUACGGCACAGCGGCGGUCGGGGCAGUGGCGGCGGCCGUGCGGCACCCGCCGGCCGGGGCCGCGCAGCGGGCGCUGUCCCCCGCGGGCAGCGGCGGAGCUUUGGGAUACCGGGACUACCGGCUGCAGCAGCUCGCCCUGGGCCGGCUCCCGCCGCCGCCGCCGCUGCCGAGGGAGCUGGAGAGGGAGCGGGACUACGGUGGCUUCUACGAGGCGCGGGUGCGGCCGGCCUACGGGCUGGAGCGCGUGGCCGGCGUGGCGGCGGCCGGGGGAUUCCGUGGAGGAGGAGGAGGAGGUGCCGGAGCGGCCGGUGAGGAGGAGAUCAGCCCUGAGGAUGACCAGAGAGCCAACCGCACGCUGUUCCUGGGCAACCUGGACAUCACCGUGAGCGAGUCGGACUUGCGGCGAGCGUUUGACCGUUUUGGGGUCAUCACUGAGGUGGACAUCAAGAGGCCGGGACGUGGGCAGACCAGCACCUAUGGGUUUCUUAAGUUUGAGAAUCUGGACAUGGCGCACCGGGCCAAGUUGGCCAUGUCAGGGAAGGUGCUGCUGCGUAACCCCAUCAAGAUCGGAUAUGGGAAAGCCACCCCGACCACCCGGCUCUGGGUGGGCGGCCUGGGGCCCUGGGUGCCUCUGGCUGCCCUGGCCAGGGAGUUUGAUCGGUUUGGUACCAUCCGCACGAUCGAUUACCGCAAAGGGGAUUCCUGGGCCUAUAUCCAGUACGAGAGCCUGGACGCGGCGCAGGCGGCCUGCACUCACAUGCGGGGGUUCCCCCUGGGGGGGCCGGAUCGCCGGCUCCGCGUAGACUUUGCUGACACGGAGCAUCGGUACCAGCAGCCCUACCUGCAGCCCCUGCCCUUGCCACCCCCAGCUCAUUACGAGCUUGUGGCGGAGGCGGCUGCUUUUGGGGCUCACCGGGGAGCCCCCCCUGACCCUCUCCGGGGGGCCCGGGACAGGACGCCACCUUUGCUCUAUAGAGACCGUGACAGAGACCUUUACCCUGAGACAGAGUGGGUGCCCCCACCGCCCCCUGUGCGGGACAGGAGUAAUCGGGCAGCUGCCUAUGACCCACUGGAAAGCCUGGAGCGCCGCCGGGAUGGGUGGUCCUUGGAGCGGGACCGUGGGGAGAGGGAGUUGGGCAGUAGCAGUAGGGAUCAGCCUAGGAAACGGAGGCUGGCAGAGGAUGGAGGCCGGCACUUGGACCGCUCCCCCGACAGUGAGCGCUCCUCUUCCUCCCGAAAGCGCCACUGCUUGGCCACAACCUCUCCCCCGGACCGCAGCCCCGAGCUCCUCGGAGGCCGGGAGCGUUACAGUACUGACCCCGAGCGCUCAUCCCGCUUGCUCCUGUUGGAGCGACCUUCCCCCAUCCGGGAAUCCCGCCGGGGGAGCCUGGAGCGGGCGCAGAACGAAAAGCGCGACCGCAAGAAUUCCGCAGAGCGGGAGCGGAAGCAUCGCGCCGCCGCUGCCGCCCAGGAGUGCAAAAGUCCGGCCAAAAAGGACGAGCGGGCGGCGGAGGGCGGCGGCGGCGGCUCCCGGCUCAAACCUCCUCCGCAGAAACAGCAGCAGGACGGAGCGGCGCAGGCCGGGGCAGCGCCCAAGCUGUGCCUAGCUUGGCAGGGGAUGCUCCUGCUGAAGAACAGCAACUUCCCGUCCAACAUGCACCUGCUCCAGGGGGACCUCGGAGUCGCCAGCAGCCUCCUCGUGGAGGGAGCGACUGGGGGGAAAGUGGCUCAGCUCAAGAUCACCCAACGUCUCCGUCUGGACCAGCCCAAGCUGGACGAGGUCAACCGGCGCAUCAAGGUGGCGGGUCCCAACGGAUACGCCAUCCUUCUGGCCGUGCCCGGCGCCUCAGACAACCGCUCCGCAGCCGGGGCUGCCGAGGCCGCCACCACCUCCACGCAGAGGCCGCUCAGGAAUCUGGUGUCCUACCUAAAGCAAAAGCAGGCUGCCGGGGUGAUCAGCCUCCCUGUAGGGGGGAACAAAGACAAGGAGAACAGCGGGGUCCUGCACGCCUUUCCACCCUGCGAUUUCUCCCAGCAGUUCCUGGACUCCACGGCCAAGGCGUUGGCCAAAUCAGAGGACGACUAUCUGGUCAUGAUCAUUGUCCGUGGGGCAUCCUAAGGCCCUCGUAUUCUGUUCCCAACCCUGCCUACUCCUCCAUGCAGCCCUUCCAGCGUGUGCCAGGUGCUAUGGGAUACAGCCUUAGCCAGCCCUGUCGUUAUUUUAAAUAGAUCUUUGUUUGUAGGUGACUUUCCCGGCCCGAUUUUCUGUUACUACAUUUUUCUAUAAAGGUAGAAGCCAGAGAGGUUGGUUAGGAGUAGCGUGAAUAGGAUAUUUUGAGAAUUCCCUAUCAGUGGGGACAGCAGGGAGGCUCAGCCUGCUUUGAUUUACAGAAAAUAGAAAAGAAAAAAUAAGAAAAACUGGGGUGGGGGGGAAGGGGAGGGAAAGAAGAAUUCCCGUCUUCUGAAUUUUGAUUCAUGUCCUUUUUUCAUUUCAUGUAUUUUAAAGCAAGUCCCAAGAGCUCGUCCUUGAGAGAGCUCCAAACCCAACAGACCAGAUUUAAAGCACUCAGUGGAAAUGGAAAACCACACUCUAGUAACAGACUGGUGUCAGCUCCUCUUUUGAGUCCUUGAAAUUCCCUGUCGGCCUCAGGCCAGCGGCCCUUUGGCCCACGGGAUCCCUUCCCUCGGGAGCCUCAGUGGUUUCCCCAUUGAGUCGCGUGGCUCGAGGUCGACGUUUUUCAGGUGAGCAGCAGCUGCUCUCGGGUACACAGCAGAACCCUGAAUUCCUUUGUGGAAAGAGAUUCCUUUUUCAGCCAGCCCCCCAGGUGCAUGCACUGAAACUGGGCUUUUUACCAGGUGUAUUUCCCUGAUUUCCCGGUGUAUCCCAUAUGUGCACUUUGGGUUUGUAGCAGUGACAAGGUUUGGCGAAGAGCUGAGGACUUUGUUACAAACCAGGAAUGUCUUGUGCUCACUCUGGUGUGCAGGAAACAAGGAGGUGCUUUAAGGAGAACUUGAGUUAUAUCGUGGGGUUUUGGUUUUACUACGUUUUUUUUUUGUUGUUGUUUUCCAAGAGUUGCAGGUUCAGUGGGGUCUGGUUCCACCGUGCAAACUCUGAGCAAGUAAGUGCUUCUCUCCAGAGAUGCUUUUCAUUCUGUGAUAAUUUAAUUACAUAAAAGUUCUCAUUAACAUUUUACCUCUUUGUUAAUAGCAAGGAACUGCUGUCUGCUAGGGACUUUUCAGGUACAGUGUGCAGCGGGCAUUACAUGAGGUUUAUCAUGGGCACCUGGAGUAAAGUGGUUUUAGCAUCUUGGAGAAAUGUUAAAAAUACUCCAAGACACCGAGGUUUGAGCUCUUGUUCUUGUGAUUCAAGGAUGAAACAGUUUGCAGGGUGUUUUUUUUCACGGAACAUAGUUAAUUUUUUCUUAUUUUUCCCCCAACCAUUGGGCACUUUUCUCCAGCUGUCUCAGCCACCUUGGUAAUCCAGGCAUUUAGGAGGGAAGAAGGGAUCUCAAUCCCUGAUGGGAUCUAAUUCCAUGAUAUUCUGUUUAACAACCAAAAGGAUGCUGCAGCAGCUUCUAAACUGAAGUGUAAAUCUGACUGUUAUCUUUUUACAGGCCCCAAAAUUGUAAUCUUGCACUUAAACCCAGAAUGUAAUCUUGCACUUAGCCAUGUUUUCAGGGAUUUGGGCAACGGAGAAGCGACGCUGCCUCGCUCGGUCCAUGCUCCAGUAGAUUCCUUGGAUGAUUGAUGCAGGCAUGAGUUGAUUUCUGCUACAACUCGCACGGCAAAAAUCAAAUUCAAAGUGUGGAAUAGGAUGCGAAUAGGAGAUGAAGGAGGAAAUGUCUUGAAUGUAUUUUAUGGGUGCAGCUGAACUUGCUUGAGUUUCUGUCACAAAAAUAGGAAUUUUUGUUACUGAACCACUUGUGAGAGAGGGCUGUGGUUUAAGAGGGCUUUGAUUGCUUUAUCUGCCAGGAAUGAGUGGACACAGUACCCCAAACAUCGUGGUGAACUGAGAAUUCCAAUCUGAUAGCGUAUCUUAAACACAGAUCUGGUUUUUAUAGCUGCUUUUCUUUCUAAAUGAAAAGGUGAAAGCCUCAUUUAAUGCUCUUAAAUUUGAGGGUAAAAUCCAGGAUUUCUGGGUUGCCCUUCAAUGUGAAUGUAAGAGAUGGCAGAAUUCAGCUGUUCAGCUUACUAUUAACAACGAGAAUUUUUGGGAAUGACACCGGAAAUGCAAAUCACUGUGUUUAAGGAGAUACAGCGUAUUUACCACUUACUGCAAAGAAUGUUUUAAUUGGAGCAGGUGCCUGUUGUGUGUCAGCAGGUGAUCAAUGCUGCCAGUGCUGCUUGCAUUCGCAGGGAGUUUUCUCAUUGCAUCUGACAGAAAUCACUUGCAAGAGUUUUCUAGGAAAGAGACUUGAGCACCUGGGAAUUCAAAUCUGCCCAAAACCGGGAAAAAGAAGCACUAAUGUUUGUGUUGGACACUUAAGGUCGCUGAGAGCAGCGUUUGUUCGGCUGAUCCGCAGCAGGCACCUGCUUAAAAACCCAUAAAACUUGGGGUCAAUGUAGGUUGCCAAAGCCAGCUUGGUUUGGGAAGCCUUUUGGGAAGAGCAUCCUGGGUGCACUUCCAUUUUUCCCUUGGAAAAUCACAGUGGUUCCACCUGCUACUGGCUGUUAAAUUGUGCCGUGCUGGAGGGCCAGAGGGAGCAGGCAAGGCUGUGUUUGACUCCAGGUUUUCUGGUUCUUUAUUUAAUGGAGCACCUGCUGCUUUGAAUCUGGUUUAUUUGUGGUUGCUGGUCUGUUUUGUAAGCAGGGAUUUUAACACCCUUUGAGGGUUCUUGUGGCAAAACUUUGGCAGCUUUUUUUUUUUGCCGGCACUGAAUUCCCGUGCUGCCGUCCCAGCCGGUGCAGCUGGGCAGGCUCUGCUUUCCUCCUUGGUCUGAGGUGUUCCCCAUUGGAGUAACUGUCCACUGAAGUCAGCUUGGCCAGGGCUGAAGGUUUUGAAGCCUGUGGGUGAUACCACUGUGUGCAGAGCAAACCAGAUGUAGCAGUUGUUGGCUCUCUCCCUUGUGUCUGGCAUUACGUUGCUCUGGCGAGAGCUCAGUAUUCCCUCCCAACCUUGUGUGCAGCUGAUGUUCUUCUAUUUCAUUAGUGUGUUGAACUAGCCUGGAAAAAGGAUGUCCUUUUCCUGAAUCAUUUCAUCCGUGUGCUUUAUGCUUUGGGGAAAGAACCUCAAAUGACUCGUAGUUUUGUUUGAGAUUUUAGGUAGUUGUUUUAUUUCUUUCAAUUGGAAGCUUUGUGCAACUUCCUUGGCCUCCAGCCAGUGGCUUUGUUUGCUCCCGCCGAGCUGCUGCCACGGGAGCACCGAGGUUAUCCUCAAUCCAGAGGUUUUAGGGGCACAAAUACCGACACGUCCUUGUCAGCCUUGCAGAGAGAAAAGGGCAUCCUUGCCAGGCAGACAAACGUUGCCCUCUCUCUCUCUUUCGUUCCCUACAAGGGUGUUAAAGAUGGAAUAUUUUGGUGCCAACUUUCUUGGCCCCUGUGGAGAGCGGAGAACGAGUUUUAAUUUCUUGCGUGGGUUUGGGAACCCUCUGGUUGAUGGUAACUGAGGUGAAAGGCCUGAAGUAUUAAUGGGGAAGGAGGAGAGAAUCAAAAUUGUGAAGACAGGUUCAAAAACUCUGAGGACUCAGGGAAAAAUGGCUUGGAAAAUGGUAAUUCCUGGCUCUAAGCAAAACAGUGUUGAGGGCAGCGCUCCUGGGGAGUGCUGUGUACCCAGAGGGGAAGAAAUGGUUGCCAUGUGGCUCUAGAGCUUUUGGGGUUCUUUCCCCUUUAUCCCCCUGUUUACUUCUUUAUAGCACCGAAGGACAGGUAUUCCAAUGAUUGAUAGACUGAACGAUGAGGUGAUUUUUGUAUCAGGCUUAAAGCAGAGCGGGUGGUGCAGAGAAUGGUUCAUUGAAUAUUCAUCUUCCUGCAGCUCCGAUUGUGUGAAAAGGAUGGCUGAGAGAUACGGCUUGAAUAGUAACAAUUUUAAAUUAUAUUGGGUGUGUCUUUGAUUUGGCCUUUUCUUUAACAUUGGCAUUGUCUGCUGUUAGAACUGCGCGGCAAAACGAGAGCAAAAGAGCUGUGUGACACUACAUUUCAUGGUUUUGUUGAUAAGUUGCCUUCAGGAAAUACCCUGUGAGGAAAGUCAACCGAAUUAGCAAGAAUUGGGUUGGUUUUUCUCCUGGUUAAUGAUUUCGGUGUGCCCCAUCACGUGUUACUACGAGUUGGGUAAUCAUCAGUACUGUAAGCCUAGUUUAAUCCUGGUCCAAAAAGAAGCCCUGCACUACUUGUUUUGCAUCUAUCCCUAGAAGGUGACUUCAUUCCGAGGUUUCAUGCCUGUGGGUGGUAUUGGUGCUUUUUGAAGUCCAAGUAGAAUAUUCAGAAAGGUCUCGUAGCUCUUUAUGUUCAUCUGUAUAACGUAGGGAGGGGAAAAACCCAAAUCUGGUGUACACAUUUGUAUUGAAAUAACGUUUUUUUCCUCCUGCAAGCAAAUCUGGUGGACUGCAGAAGACAACCGCAUGGGAUACCAAGCUCUAAUGGACCUUUGGGAAGAGAAGCUGUGGCUUAUGUGGAAUUUCCAUGGGCCUCCUGAUGGAAGAAAGCUUAUCUGUUUAGUAUUUGUGCAUUUUACUAAAAUGGCAGCUUUAAAAAAAAAAAAAAAAGUUGUGUAUCUGCUAUUGUGAUGCCAAUGCCCGUGUUUUAAGUGGAAAAAAAAAAUGACCUCUUUGCUUUGUGCUGUGUACACAAGAUUGCUGGAAAAGUAAAGGAAUACCCUUUUUAUGGCUCACACAGCUUAAAAGUAGCUGUCACUCAAACAUGCGCUCACAGUUGAGCUGAUUUUGUUUCAUUCUAAAUAAAUUGUUUCUUUUGAGGAAAAUGGUUUUUCUGCCUGGAAGUGAAUUGACGACAAACGUUUGGCCCCUAUGUUGGCAGCGGAGGGGUUCCUGCUGCUGCUGCCCAAUUGAGCUGAUAGUUGUGGGUCUUGAGCAAGAAGCAGGGAGAGCACCGACACUUUCGCGUUGACCGACCUGUGGUACCAAUCAGAAGGAUUCUAGCUGAUUGCCUUGCUGUGGCCCCCGUGUUUGCAGUGAAAAAGGGGUCACUUGCUGCGUUUCUCCUCAGCGGGACGGGGCAGCGGUGCUGCUGCUGGCACGCAAGAAGCAGGGAAGCACCGCCCUGCGCCUCGGAACGGUGGCCAAGUCUGGGGCUUCGCUGGUUGGAAGAGCUGGAGUUCCUGAAUUUUAAGUUUCUGAUUUAUUUUGUUCACCCAACAUGUUUGCCUUUAGUUUUGAUUCUUGGGUUUUUUUUUUAAUUUUGAAGAAAAAAAGUUUUGAAAUUGCUUUGAAUCUUGCACGUAAAACCUUUGCACCAAAAUUGCCAAAAGAAAAAGAGAAAUGAGUCCUUAAAAGUGUUUAAAUGCUGUUAAUAAAGCCUUUCCUGCCGUACGCGAGGCGCUCCUCCAUCUCCAGGGGCUUUUCAGCAGUUGUGGGUUUAGUGCUGAAUGGAUGAAGAGUUCCUGAGAGCUGGAGGCGGUAAUUUAAAACCUUUGCGUGGUGUCUCAGUGCCUUAUUUUGACCGGUUUUGAAGCCAGUUGGUUCCACACGCCUCGGAUGUGCAUGUGCCCUGCUCGCGUCCCGGCCCCGCCGCGCGCUCCGUGCAGUCGCUCCCGGUGUAGUACAGAUGGGGAGAGGAAAAGCCGGAGGCGGCCCGAAAACGUUGUGUGCUGUAGUUCUCCUGUCCCGGGGGCUCCUGAGCUUUGGAAGGCUGUUCCCGUGCAGGAGCACAACUCCGUGUUUGCUGCAGGAGAGGACCGCGGCCGUCGAGAGGAAGCUGCCACUGCUGCAUCGUCGGCUUCAGGAGCUCGUGGUACAAUUCUUGUGACGUGCCGUGAAGACACCUUGAAUGGCAGCUUGCCCUGUUUGCCUUGACAUACUUUAACCUCCAUGGAUAACCCCCUGCAGCCGGGCAGGAUCUUUGCUAGGCUGCAGAUGCCUCUCAGCCGACGGAUGCUGUGGUUGUGCUCUGCAAGGUGUCUGUUCCCGGGGCAAAGCGCUGUGUAAAUCCCUAAAACAGCACGAGCUGUGAGCAGAGAGGUGUUUGACCAGCAGCCAUCACCCUGGGCCUGCUCAGUGCAAAGACAAAAGGUUUGAAGACUCUUCUCGCCCCUCCCAGCCCACUGGCAGGAUGGCACAGGGCUCCUGGAGGAGUUUCUCACUGUGGGCAUUGGUUUCCUCAGCAGUUUUGGAUAGACACGAGGUGCUCCGUGCUGUGGCAAUAACUGUGCCUGGGAGAUGGAAUGGCCCCACUGCAGCAUCCUGCCCGCAGGGAGAGGGGCUCCUGGAACAGCUGCUCUGCGGAUCCUCGUGGAAGUACCAUCCUGAUCCCCCUGUCCCUGCCCUUGCAUCCCUCCCCAGGGCUGGGUGUUUGUAGCUGAAUAGAACGGGCUGAAACCUCUGGCUGUGCUCUGGCACCUGGAGCUCCUUGGCUGCUCAUCCCACGAGGUGAGUCAGCUCUGCUCCGGGAGGGACGGAGCUGUCGUGCUGAGGAUUAAAUGUGAGAGGCAGAAAAACCCAGCUCAGGAGCAAAGGCACAGUGAAACCCAGGCCCACCCACGCCAUAGGCUGCAUUUUCCCCAUCAAGUAACACUUCACACCGUGCAUUUCUCAGAUGGCUUUAAUCAGGAGAAAUAUCCACAUAUACAAACUGAAUCUGGCAUCCAAGAAUUCCAGUUUUCAGGGUUGCUGUUGUUGAUACUUCCCAGUACAGGCAAUGGCUUUCCCAGCAUGGAUGCAAUCAAAGCCCAGCCUUUAAAACUUCAGCCAGACCUGGGGCUCUUGUUCAAAUUGGCUUUUUUUAGCUUCCAUUUUUGGGCUGAAGGCUCGAAGAAGAAGGAAAUAGGUGAGAUGAGAGCACAAGCUCCAGCAAAGAGGAAGGAGCAGGCGUAGGUCUGGGUGUAGUCGUAGAGCCAGCCUGCAGGAGAGAAGGUUGUUAUUAAAGCUGUGGGAUUUUUCUCCGUGAAAAAAACCAUUUGGGGCGGUGGGUGGGAGGCAAAGGAUGUGUGUUCUCAUCUAAGAAUUCCUCAGAUACUUCCUUUGAAUUAUUUUAACUCUUCCUGGGCAGCAUUUCCUGCGAGGAAAUGACACGUAGCUCAUUCUUCCCAGAGCCAGCUGUGAUCCUUGCAGUGGACACGGGCUUUAAUUGGAUUGAACUGAAUCCCUGAAUUUUUUUUUUCCCCUGUUAAAUAAGUGGGCCAAAAGCAGCUGAUGGAAGAUCCCGUUGGAUUGCUGGGAUGACUUGCAUGUGUUGGUAUUUGCAACAUUUGGGCUUCAAACCCCCUGUUCUCCAGCAUUGUCUUCUUGUGAGCAGACCCAGUUUAAUGCACUUUCUCUGACAGGAGAGAGCCCAAGCCAGGAGCUGGAGGUGAACUUGAUAAAAUCAGCUCUGGGAGGACUUAAAAGGCAAAGCUGAAUUCCAUUGAGCCCCAGGUAUCUGUGGAGGACUCAGGUCGCCUUUUAAAGUGACCUCCAAGGUCACUUUGGUGAGGUUUGGUCCUGGCAAAUCAUCUGGGGUCUGGGCAGUCCUUUGAAAGGUGGGGAAUUCCUCUCUUUGAAUCUAAAAUCUACAAAGUGGUGGGAGAUGCUGCUGCACAUAAAAACCCUCAUCCAGUCCCAAAUGUGGUGUGGGCUGGGCGGGUGUGGGGCAGCAGCUGAGCCAGAUCUGCUGCUGCCGUGAAAUGCAAUUCCUCUGGAGACAUCUGUGGAAUCCAGACAUCCGUGGGCUUCCAUGAUUUACACAAACAGCAGGUCUGGCCCAAAUCUGGGAUUCUUAAACCCAGGAAGGGAACUGAUCUGGUCCCUGAGAUCCUGGGCUCACGGAAGGAAAGGGUUCCGGUAAAACGCUGGGAUCUGUGCCGGAGCAGAGGCACCGACGUUUCCCUGCUGUAGAUUUCCACAGCUGCAGGAAAUAUAUAUUUAUAAGGCAGAGGAAAAGCUGCUUUUGCCCAGUUUCAGUUUCUGUUGGCUCAUUGCUGUCUCGGGGGAGCCCCUCUGUUUUUCCCCCAGGGCUGGCGUGUGAGCGGCGCUGGAGGAGCCGGAGGCUGCAGCUGGGAAGGAGGAUCCCGUGGUGCUGGGCUGGGUGACUCUCCCAUGACCCCGAGGUUGUUGUGGAGGGGUUUAUUCCCAGGGGUGGGAUCUGGUUUUGCUGCCUGGAAGUCUCUGGGAUUUGGAGAGGAGAAGGGAUGCUGACGUAGUUAUUUGUGAGAGGAGCAGGACAGAGUGCUCCAGCUGAGCUCUGAUUUACUGCAAUUAUUCUUAAAAUAUCCUUCAGGAUAUUUGUUAAUUUUUUUUUUUUUCAUGUUCUUGGGGGUUUUUUUGGUGCAGAAUGGGAUUUCGGUGCAGAGGGAUUUACCAGCAUUGCCUCACUGGCAGCACAGCCAUUAACUUCCACCACACCCCAACCUUUUGAAGCAACUCCAGUCUCUGUGCCCCCAAUCCUUUUCCAAACAAAUAAUCACUCCUGCUGCAGAAAGCUGAAUUAGGAUCUUGUGGUGUUCGAACUCCAGCAAAGCAGCAGUUUUGUAAGGAAUGCUGGUAAAUCCCAGGCACCAAUGUGAUCCAAACGAAACAUUCCCAGCACUGCUGGUGCUGCCAGCUGGGUCAGGCUGUUUAAAUGGUGCUACUGAUCUUUAAUCAGAAGUUCGAUUUAUUCCUGAUGCCCUGAGGAGCAAAAUUCAGUGGGAAGGUGAAGGUAAAAUGUAGAAAACAUCUAAGUAUAUGUGCCAGCAGAGCUUUUGGGAAACUCCAUCCUCUCUCCUAUCACCACCCAAAUUUCUUGGGAUUGGAGUUUGUGCUCUGGGGGCUGGAAUCUCUUCUAGAACUUGCAUUACAUGCUUUGGUUCAGCUCUUCUGCACUUUGAGUCAGUUAUUUGUACUGCUGGUGGAAACAAACUGUGCCCUCCUCUCAGCUUGCUCAUGGCUGCCAAAAUAAUGUUUAUUCUGCUUUGGGUUGGGUUUUUUCAGCGUGGCAGCAUCCAGAGGUGCCAGUGGAUGGGGAGUUCUGAAGGAGACUCCGAACUUCCCCUUCGGGUCCUGCCAGCUGCCCCUGGAUUUCAGGGCUCUCAGCUGAACAGAUUUGCAGGUAAGGCACCUUUUCCUUGCAUUAGGCUUUGAUCUAAUAUGCAAAUUAGGCAGUUUUAACCUUUGCAGUUCUCAUUACCCAUCAUCAUUAUUUCCACUGCAUAAAAGCACUUGAGUUUGAUAAAACUGUAAUUCUAAACUCAAGGUUUCUGGGAGGUGAGAGCACCAAAUUCCAAGGUCUCACAGAGUGUUUAAAUCCUGCAUUCUGCAAGGAGCAGGUGGGUUUGGCCACUUCAUCAGGAGUUUCUGGUCUCACUCAGUUUUCACACUUAAAACUGCAUUGAAAGAGAAAAUUGCAGCAUUUAUCUUGGAUGCCAAACCUGGAUCCUGAGCUCUGGAUUGUUUCCAACUUGCUCUGCCUGUAAUGAGAUGGAUGGGGAAGUGUUUUGCUUCUUGGCUUUAUUUGGCCUUUAUUUAUCCCGCCUGCACUAAGCCUGAUUGCUGUGGAAAGGUUUUUGCAGGAAGCCUGCUUGCUUUACAAAUCCCCUGCAGCAAGCAAAAGGCUUCCCAUUAGUGAAAAUACAUUGCAGGUGGAUGGCAGUGGAACUGCAGUCUGAGCCGAGGUGUGGAGCUCCUGCUGUCGUGGCAGGGAAUUCAGUGGGAUUGAGGGAUUGCUGAAUGCACACCUGGGAGCAGCAGCAGAGAUCUGGGAUCCAGGCUGGCCAUCACCGUGGCAAUGUGGAGCUCCUGGUGAUUCUGGGAGCGGAGCAGGUGCCACAAGCCUGGCUUGGCCCUGGCUGAUCACACGUGGGACUCACCAGCACGGGCAGCACCAGAGCCAUGAAGCCUCCGCAGAAGGUGGCGAAGGCCACGGUGUAGGUGAGGAGCAGCGGGAAGGUGGUGGCCAGUGGCCCCAGCAGGUUGGUGGCCCCGCUGAGCAGCAGGUAGGUGACAUGGAAAUGGUACUUCUUGGUCCAGUUGUGGUCGGCCACCCAGCCCGAGAGCAGCUGGCUCAGCAUCUCCGUGAUGCCUGAGGGAACAGGAGCUCUCAGAGCCUCAGGGGAGACUUGGGUUUGUAUGAUACUGAAAUUCUGUUACUUCUAGGUAUUUUUGUAUAUUAUUAUUUCAUUUUUAUAUAUUAUUACUUCAUAGAAAUAUAUUAGAUAUUAUAAAUCUAGCUGCAUUGUAUAGUAUUUUAUGUGAUUAUUUAUAUUAGUUGUAGUAUAAUAGGUAUUAUAUUGAUACAGUAUUUUGUAUUUUAUAUUAUUCAUAUUAUUUUAUAUUAUUUUGAUUAUAGUUUAUUAUUAUCAGCUCUAAUAUAUCUUAACUUAUCUAUCUCAUCUAUAUUAUUUUAUAUAAUUUAAUAUACUUCAUACACUUAAAUUAUUCAUAUCUUUACUGUGUUUAUCAUAAAUUAGUAUUUUUAUAUUUUUGUAUUGUUAUAUUGUUAUAUUUUUAUAUAUUAUAACACAAUAUUGCACAUUAUACAUUACAACUGUAUUUUACAGUAUUUUAUAAUAUAUCAUUUAUGUUUUUAUUCUGCAUUCUUCACAUUACACUUGAUUAUUUCUAUUAACCCUAAUAUAUUCUUAUCUUUAUUUUAUAACGUUAAUUAUUUGUAUUAUUUCAUAUUAUUAUAUCCAUGCUUAUUUUUAUAUGUGUUUAUUUAUAAUGCUUUAUGGUGUUAUGUUGAUUAUUUAUUAUUUACUUCUGAUUUUUAUGCUCUCUAUUUCUGUUAUUAUACAUGAUUCCUGUCAUUUGCUGUGUCACAUCCCAAUUUCCCUGUUCAUUGUGAGGACGUGACCACAAAGGGCUGAAAUGCUGAAAAGUUCCAGGGAGGCGUUUUUAGGCUCUUGCAAAAUCCAUGGAUUGGGGUUUUUCCCUCUUCCCUUCUGCUGCUCUUUCCAAGGGCACCGAAGUGCUCUGGAAAAAUUCCCUUGAGGCUCUGCAGCCCAGACACCUCGGAACUGCCCUGAGCCAGGAAAGAGGAACUCUCUAAAGAGAAAAAGCUGAAUAUUAAGAUCUAAAUUCUUCUAAAAAUCCAAAGAGCACAGAAACCCAGGAAUUUUAGAGGCUCAGCAGCCUUUUGGUUGUUGGGUUUGUGAAAGCUGGGCUUUGAGAGUUGGGGUUUGAGAGUUGUUUUUUACAUUUCUUGGCACUUUUUUAUGAAGCAAAAUCUGAGGAGCUCUCGAGUGAGCUCGUGUCCCACUGACCCCUGAGUCCCUCCCACUCCUAAUUCCAAACGUCACAUCCAUUCCUGGGCUCUCCUAACGCCUCGACAGCCCCUCACUGCUGAACAUUCCCCAGCACUGCACAAAGAAAAUGUAUUUUUGUACAAUAAAGUACUUGCUGCUGA